CACACCACCAGGUACUUCAUCCAGACCAUGGCCUACGCCGACCUCCUGGUGGGCGUCAGCUGUCUGGUGCCUUCUUUGUCCUUGCUGCACUACCCCAUUGUUCCCUGGGAACCCUUGAUCUGCCAGGUCUUUGGCUACGUGGUGUCCGUGCUCAAAAGCGUCUCCAUGGCCUCUCUGGCUUGCAUUAGCAUAGACAGGUACAUUGCCAUCACCAAACCACUGACCUACAACACCCUGGUCACUCCCUGGAGGCUCCGCGUCUGCAUCCUGACCAUCUGGCUGUACUCCUGCCUCGUCUUUUUGCCCUCCUUCCAGUGGGGAAAGCCUGGCUAUCACGGGGACGUGUUUCGGUGGUGCGCCAACUUCUGGGAAACGGAUCCCUAUUUCACGCUUUUCAUCGUGCUGAUGCUCUACGCCCCAGCCGCUUGCAUCGUCUGCUUCACUUACUUCAACAUCUUCCGCAUCUGCCAGCAGCACACCAAGGAGAUCAACGAGAGACGCGUGCGCUUCAGCUCCCAGGAAGGGGAGGCCGGGGAGGCACAGUCCUGCCCGGACAAACGCUAUGCCAUGGUCCUCUUCCGCAUCACCAGCGUCUUCUACAUCCUCUGGCUGCCCUACAUCAUUUAUUUCCUGCUGGAGAGCUCUCGCGUCUAUAGGAACCAUGUUGCUUCCUUCUUGACCACUUGGCUUGCCAUUAGCAACAGUUUCUGCAAUUGUGUCAUUUACAGUCUCUCCAACAGCGUCUUUCAGAAGGGGCUCAAACGGCUCUCGGGGGCCGUGUGCGCCUCUUGUGCGAGGCAUAGGUUAACAAAAGACUCCUUUACCUCUCGGGGCAAAAGGCCUUCCAGUGGAUGCCACGUCUAAGAAGCAUGUCACUGACUGGGGAAUGCAGGGCCAGCCCUGUAAAUGGCAGCAUCCCUCCUGUACCACAGCGUGCAUUUUUAAGAGGUCCAGAUUUGCAAAAAAAAACCCAAAUAAACAAAAAAGAGUUUCUGAGCGAGGCUGUUAGCGCAGAAGAAUCGGGAGCGCACGUUCUCGCGGUUUCUCUUUAAAUUUUGAGUGCGGUGGAAGGGGCGGUGGGGUUCCACCUCCGUCUUCGUUUUUAAGAAUAAAGCUGUAUCUUGACACUUACUUUUCCAGCUGGCUUGACAAUGUAGUGGGUGUGUGGGAGCUUCAGCAAAAGCUCCUUUUCUUACAGCUUUACUAGGUUGUUUCGAGAUUCGUGCUUCACAUGUAAAUGAUAGGUCUCCAGUGGAAAUGUCACGGUGAAAUGGUGUAUUACAGGGAUUUUUUUUUUUUUUUUUGAACGUGCCAAAGUUUAUUGAUGGUUUGUGUUCCAGCGUCCUAAUGCAAGGGGCCAAAUGGUUUGUCUUUCAGCUCUACUCCAAGCUCUGAAACAGUGAAUAAUGUGAGCAUUCUUAGCAGUAACUUAAACUUGUAAUGAGCCAUGAAUGAAGCAAUGUGAUCAAAGCGGUCAUACGUACCUGCAAACCGAUCUGGUUUCUGUGCCCCAUUUCACCAGUAGAAUGUUUUGUCUCUGAUCGGAGUACAGUAUUUUGCAUCUUCCUUGUUGUUCAUGAAAUAGCAAGAAAGAACUUGGGACGGACCAAAUUCAGCAGUUUAAUAAAAAUGCAUUUUUAUAAGAUGAGACAAAAAGUAUUCACUGUUUUGGGACAACAGAGUUGUGGCAGUGGUUUGAGGAUGAUGCCCAUAUGUGAAUGUUAUUCUUAAAACGGUAGAGAAACGUCACAUUUUUGUGUGUGGCAAUUUCUCAAGAACAACUUUAAAAAUAACAUGUUGGAUUUUUUUUUUUUUAAUCGCAAUUCUUUUGACCCUUUACAUACUAGAACUUAGGGGUAAAAGGAAAGAAAAUAAUAGUCUCUUAAAUAGCUAAGGGAACUAGGUUGUAAAUUUAAUUACAGCAUUUGAGUUAUGGAUGAGCAGAUGAAACUAAAACAGGCAUUUUUUUCCUUAGGCUCCCUGGGAUUAAAGAUAGCUUGAAUAUAGCAGGAGCUAAAUCCUUUUGGCAAGCAUCUAUCAUAAACCGGUCAUACAGAGUCCAGUAUCUGAGACUUAGUGUCUCGUUGACCACAGUUUUAAAAAUCUGGUUUAGAUUAAAUAUGUUUCUAUACUGUAAUGCCGUGAAGAAUUCAGUAUGGCCCUCAAUAAAUUCAUCUUCUUGAAAAAUAUCCGUAUCUUUUGAUGGAUGCAUGUCAUGUCAUCUUGGGUAGGAAAAGAGUUUGGAAAACAUAUUCUUGUAAUAAGGAGUUGGUCUGUGGAUUGUCCUUUCUAGCUCAUGGUGUCUUUGGCACAGAGAUGUGCUUCCUUGUUGCCCUCAAAAGGAGUGGGAAUACAUACCACAACUGGCCUGCAACUCGCUGCUGUCCACGUGCAUCCAGUCUUCACAUGUAAUAGGAGCACUUUCUGAAGGACUGUGUUGGGUUUUUCAUGCAUCAUAAUGUUUCCGGUCUGUGCACAUUGUCAUUUCACAGUGGGAUGAAGGAAACCUAGGAGAAACAAGUAACAAAAUGCUGCUGAAACCUGGGAUUACUCUCCGGGGUAAAGGAAAAUCCACAGUGUGUAUUACAAAAUAGAUAUAAAUCAGAUGUUGGUUUUCUCCCAUACUUUGCCAUACCUAAUGGAAACUUGUAAAGAUAAUUUCCUCCUGUAGUUCCUCCAAAAUGUAAGCACAAUGACUGUCCUAGUCCCAAUGCCAUUUCAGCCAUAUUAUUAUUUAUUAACCACUUUUAUUAUUUGUAUUGUGGCAUUGCUUAGGGGUCAGAGCCCUGUUUUGCUCAGCAGUGUGCAAGCGUACAACAAAGACUGUCUCUACCUCAAGGAACUUGCAAUCGAGUGUUAUUGUUAAAGAUUAUAGUGAACAUGACAAAGUAGGGGAAAAUGCAAGGGAGAAGUGAGUCAUUUCUGAACGACAGUAUUUGUAGCAGACGAGCUGGCUAAUCAUUCUCGUGUGUUCUGUCAGCAUUGAUGGUGGGGCUAGGGGGUGAUGUAUAGGUUUUGGUCAUAAAUAUUUAGCAUUUAGGCUCGGCAUUUGUGGAACACCCACUUGUGCAAAACACCCUGGCUUUUCUGCAAUUCUGAGAUUUGGCAUUUGAAGAGAUACGUCUGAGCAUUAAAAUAGCAUUUGAUUGCAAGAUAAGUCAGAAAUAAAUUGCCUGCUGGGUCCUACAAUCCAUCCCGUUCAGGCUUUCGGUAUCAGUGGAGAUCUGAGGACAAACUUGGUUGCAGGAGUCGGGUGCGAGUCAGUAUGUUUGAGAAAAUGGGAACUUAACCAAAGGUAAAUGCGGAGCCUGAAUGCUGACACACGUAAUGAACUCGGCCUGGAGCAGAGGCUAUUUUUAUCUAGCCAUCCCAGAGUCGGGUUCAGAAAACAGUACUUUAUCAGCCUAGCUAUUUUGUAAAACAUUUGGGGAAUGGCUGCCCAAGCCAGCAUUGCACUGAUGGCUGGAUGAAGCCAUUGCAGCUGUAGUUGCUCCCAGCUGUGAGAUUGGAUUGCAGAGCAUUUACUAAAGCUAGGCCUUUGUCUUUCCAUUUCCAUAUCCAGUGAAACCGUCACCUUGAUUUCAUCUCAAAAUUGUCAUCAGUUAAGCUGCCUUUCACGAGAGGGAAGUGGGAAACCCUGGCACUCUUUGUAGGGGUGAGGGAGAACAAAAGAAAGAGGUGCAUCCCAGUUUAAUUUACAACUCCACUUUUUUUACAGGUGCUUCCAAAAGGAGCCUCUGCAGGCUUCUCUGAAUAGUGCUAGGUGGCUCUUUUUUGAAUUGCAUAUCAUGCUUUAGCAAGGUUUUUGUAAGAGCUCCUUCUAUUUGAUAUUAAAGUAUAGGUGUAGGCUAGGGAUAUGCAGCAUUAAAAAGAAAAAUCCCACUGGAUUUGCAUUCACUUCAGUGAAGUCACAUUUGGGAUGAAUCUGGCUUCCUGUGCUUGGGCUCAAGUGUUGAAGAACUAGUUUUAGCCCCUCUUAUCUUGUUUUGUCAGGAGUGCAUUUGACUUCGUCCUGUAUUGAAACGAGGUAUAGUAGUCUUUUUCAGGGAUCGUCAGAGGUAAUAAUGUUAUGAAUUGUUACACACUAGACUUCCUAGUCAGAUCAUAUCCAGCAUUGCAAGUUUGAAAAUUGAGUCCUGCUCUUGCUAUAACGUUUCGUGUGUCUAGCAUUAGAGAAAAUGGUAAGUUAUGACUAUGAGCCUUGCUUUUAAACGUGAUAGCCAAGGGAACAUAGAUAUGAGAUUACUUGUCGUUAAGUAAAAAUGAGUCUUGGUACCUGCCAUGAGCUUUAAAUGAUGGAGUGGACUUGUUUCCAUUUUAACUACUUUCUGCAGUUAUCUGCCUUGCUUUCAGAUUCAGCUGGGAGAGGCUUUAAUUUC